CCUUCCGAACCAGCUCUUCUCUCCAACAGCCCACACGCUACUUCCUCCUUACGCAAACAGCAGCCUCCUGAACCGCCACGUCCACAGAUCUCGCCACGAUGGUCACAGCACAAUUCAAACCGACGAUCAAAGCGCAAAGCGUGAAAUGGAUUCCUGAAGCAAAGGUCUUCCUGCUGGAAUGGCUUGAAGCCAACAAAGGCCCAGAAGGCACACUAGUUCAAGAUGAAGCGUCAGCCCUGAAUGCACUCAUUGCGGACGAACACUUCUUGAAACUUGUUCCCGGCAUCGAGACUCUAGCCGACGAUCAGAAGAGAGAGAAAGUUACAGCUAGGCUGAAAUGGUUCUGGACACAAUACAGACUGUCAAAGUACGAAAAUGCACCCCAUACAGCGACCACAAUCUAUGGCAAAGGCGUGGAAGUUCUGGAUUGGGAGGAGCCGGGGACCAGAUAUGUAGACCUCUACACUCCUGACCAACUUAGGGCUCGACGAAGGCUGGCAUACUCGAACGAGGCUACCAGUCACGCGACCUCAAAACGCAAGGCUUCAUAUACAGUCGGUGGCGCGGAUGAUCGUCAAUCACCGAAGCGCCUGCGAUCACGGACGAAUGACGCCCCGACCCAACCCAAUGAUUUGACGAGAACGUCUCCACCAGAAUCAGAGCAAGUCGGCAACAGAGAAAGUUCUCAGGGCCAAAGAGAGGUUCCUGCCUCUGCACCACGGCAGCCGACAGACAGAUUAGAACGCCGUACAAGGCAGAAUGACAUGCUGUCUGAUGUAGAGUUUGCCAAUCUGCCAAAGUUCAAACGCCUUCUUGGGAAGGCCGAUGGUGGACCAUCUGACUUCGUGCGACAUGGUCCGGAUGAUGUUGUGGAGGUUGAAAUGUUGAGAAUCUACGAUCGCAUUGAGGGCACUGUCCAGAAAUACAUGUAUUCCACCAAGCUGGACGCAGAUCAACCCAUUCUUCUUGAACCGAAAUACGCAUACCCAGGACAACUCAAUCACCUGAUUGGAGUGGUCAUGGGCGAUUCAGCUGGUACAGUCGACGCUCGCCGCAUGCUCUUUACGAGUUUGCAACAAGAGAAGGCCGUCGGGUACGGCAACUUCAUUCGAUCGUUGCUCGCUCUCGCCGUGACGACAUGGUGCCUUAAAGACGAGCUUAGUGAGAGCUUCUCCCCAGAGGCAGUCUGAAAGGGGAAUGGACGAAGAGCAGCGAUCAUAGCAGACUGACGAAAACUUUGUACCGAAAUCAAUUCCAAUUUUCAGGCGGGAAUGACCAGCGAGACCAACACUGUUCAGGGUAUCUUCGCGUACUGAUAUAUCAAUCAUUGCUGUGUCUUCCACAGACGAAGCCAUCUUCGAAGACUGGCAAGAUGAUGUGCGAAUGGAGGUAAGGCUUCUCGUUUGCAAUGGCCGGGAGGUAG